AUGGCGGAAGCACCAAGCAGGCCGCCAAGUCGCAACGCGGAUAAUCAGACCGAGCAUCACGAAGAUUUCCCGCCAUUGUUUGAAGCUAGAACGAGGAAGCAACUUAGGUCGAAUGAAAAAAGAAGGCUGACGAAUCUCACAAAAAGGAUCAAAAAACACAUGGCAGAAGGCGGUAGCAGAACAGAAGUGAAGUUCUUAAGAAAAGAGCUGGCCACCCAGCUGGAAGAAUGCACAAGAGCCCACAAUUUGUAUCGCCAGUCGAACGACCUAGAUCAUGUACCAUCCGAGGACUGGAUCAUCCAGCUGGAAAACGUCACCGCAACCUAUUAUGGACGUAUCGACGAGUACAUCCGCACGGUCAAUCGACCACCUUCAGCCGUGCCCAGCAAUCCAUCCGAUCGAAGCAGGCAAAGCAUCCGGAGCAACACGACGUGGCUCGACCCAAACCAUCCUAGAGCCUUUCAGCAACCAGAAAAUCCCUUCGACGACCAAGGCUCAGCUUCAAUCAGUGAAAUACGCGAUUUGCCGUCCGAGAUGGAAGAAUACGAGAAUGAUUUAAGACAGCGGCUGGAUGACGAAAGAUUGGCGAGAGAAGAUUUAGAAAGAAGAUUGCAACAGCUACAGACAGACAUGGCAGCGAAAGAAAAAGCCGGUCCUGAAAAAGAAGACAAUGCCGCCACCGCAGCAUUGACAGAAGAAUUACAAAACCUCCGGCUACAGAUGAAUCAAUGGAAGCAGACCCAGGAUGCAGAAAUGGCAAACCGCAUCAAGCUGGAAAAGUCCUUACGGGGCGACAUCGAAAAACAAAAAAGAGAACUGGAAGAAGAAAAACUCGCCCGUCAGACUGAAAAGUAUCGGUACGAACGGGAAAAAGAAAGCGACUGGGACAAAUUUAGGUCCGCCGUCGACGAGCGCUUUGCGCAACAUAAUGAGGCGACAUCCACCAACAAAGAAGCGCACAACACGGAAUCACAUAGACAGCACCAAGGAGCAAGACCCAAGAAACCACCAGCCUCCGCGGGCAACCGAGGUUCCGGUCCGCCACCUUACACGGAAGAUGACGUUUCAAUCGGCGCGGAAUCAGUACAGUCGUAUCAGGCGCCUCAUCAAGACAAAGAUAGCGAUGCAAACAAUUGGUCGUUCAAUCUCAAUGGCAAAGAGGAUCGACAACCGCCAGGAAUUCAUGGAUCGGCGCAUUCCGUCUUUCGUCUUCCGAAGAUGGACCUCAAGCCGUUUGACGGCGACCCGAAGAAUUGGCAAGACUUUAUCGCCAUUUUUCGUGAUUUGGUUCAUGAUAAUUCCAGUCUGACAACGACUCAAAAAAUGGCCAUUCUCAAGCGCUGUCUGACCAGCGAAAUACGAGACGGACUUGGUGAUUCGUUAAGCAGUCCGGCUUUGUACCAAGAGGCAUUGCAAGAGCUGGAAUCAACAUACGGACAUCCCCAGAUCGUGUCGAGGACGUACAUUCAGUCCCUAAUUCAGCUCCAGCGAGUAAGCGCGAAUGAUUACAAGGCGUUAUUGAAAUUUUCGCAAGCUGUAAAUGGAGCAGUAGCCUCGCUGAGAAGCGGCGGCUACCAACACGAAUUAAAAUCAUCCGGCCUUUUGGACAUCAUCGUAACCAAGCUCCCUUCCGAGGUACAAAGCAGGUGGGGGAGACAAAUCGUGAAGAAUCACCCUGUCAGUCAAACACUCCAAGACUUUGCUACCUGGUUCAGCAAGUUCGUCAAAGGCGAAAUGAUGGCAAAGCAUAGUCAGAUUUCUCUGACACCAAUCACGCCAGCAAAACCGAAAAGCGGAUCAAAACCGGGCCGGCAGCCCGACAACAAAUCCGGAUUUUUACCGACUAUAAACGCAGUCACGCAUUCAGCGACCUCCGGCGGAUCAUCAUCGUCAAAAUCGAAGACGGCGCAGCAAGCGGAGGCGCCUCCAAAGAAGCUUAUUUGCCUCCUAUGCAAAGGCGAUCACCGCCUGGGACAGUGCAAGACUUUCGUUGAAAUGUCGCUCGAAGAAAGAAUAAAAAUCAUCAAAGAAAAUGGAUGCUGUCUCCGAUGCUUAAGCAAAGGACACAUGAGCAAGGACUGCACAAGCCGGAAGAAAUGCAUCAUCAACAAUUGCGGUCAACCGCAUCACUCAUUGUUACAUGACGCUCCGCGCUUGACCCCAACCGAACCAAAAUCAAUCCUAAAACCAGAGAAGACAGUCACGCUACCCUUGAAUGUGGCGACAGUCUCCGUCGACGACGACGAAUCAUGCACGGUGAUGCAAAUAGUACCUGUCACCCUCGAAGCGGACGGAAAAACAUUGGAAACGUUUGGAUUCCUCGAUCCAGGAAGCCAAACGACUUUGAUUUUAGAUCGCGCUUCAGAACAGCUCGACCUCGACGGCGAUGAAGAAAUGACAAAGCUAGGAACGUUCCAUGGAGACGACCCGAUCAUCAAAAUGAAGAAAGUUAAGUUCAACAUCCAACCAAGAGACGGAAGCCGAUCGUUUCCUGUGAAAAAGGCGUUUUCUGUUCCCAAGCUUAACAUCAACGCCCAGCAGAUUGAAUGGCCAGUCACAAAACGUGAAUGGGGCUAUCUUCAAGACGUGGACCUGCCGCAUAUCGACACCAACAACGUGACAAUCCUCAUAGGCAGAGACGUUAUGCGCGUCCAUGAUGUACUGGAGCAUCGCAGUCCACCCGACGGAACCGAAGCGCCAGACGGAAUCUUAACUCAUUUUGGAUGGAGCAUCGCAGGUCCCGUCCCAGAGUCACUGCUGAAGCGACAAACUUAUCGGCCCAUGUCAGUUAUGCACAUUUCACGUCAACAAUCCGACGAGUUCUUAAAUGAAGCUGUCCAGCGGUUCUGGAGAACGGAAUCGUACGGCGUCGGACUUUCUUCUCAUCAAAACCUACCACCCGAUGAUCAAAAAGCGCUUCGCAUUCUCCAAGAUACCAUCCGGCACACUGGCGAGCGCUACGAAGUCGGAUUGAUGUUAAAGAAUCCGGAAUUAAAUCUUCCGAACAACGCUGAAGUCGCCUUCCGUCAUUUCGCGUCAUUGGAGCGCCGCUUUAAAAAGGAUCCGGCGUUUGCUAAGAGUUAUGCGGCCGUCGUCAACGAGUACAUCGCAGCCGGCCAUGCAAAACUAGUCGACCCCAACUCUCCUUUCACUCGCGGCCAUGUAUGGUAUCUGCCGCACCAUGGAGUCACAGCGGCAAGCAAGCCCGGAAAAGUUCGGGUAGUUUUCAAUCCGUCAGCGCGCUUCCGCGGCACAUCAUUAAAUGAAGAGCUGUACAAGGGUCCGGAUUUACUUACUUCUCUCAUCGGAGUAUUAUUGCGCUUUCGGUUGCACCCAUGUGCAAUUUCUGGCGACAUUCAGAAAAUGUAUCAUCAGGUACAAGUGCCGGAACAUCAACAAUCAUUAUUGCGAUUUAUCUGGAGAGAACCAGGCAGCACGGAAGACCCACAAACAUUUCAGAUGACCGUUCACGUCUUCGGAGCUGUCUCCUCACCGACAAGCUGCAUUUAUGCUCUGCGACGGACCGCCGAAGACUUUGGACCCCAAUACCCAGGAGCCGCUGAGAAAGUAUUGAAGAAUAUCUACGUAGAUAAUUAUCUGGAUUCAGCCGAUACGGAAGCUGAAGCCAUCGCCCAGCGCCAGGAAGUAACUGAUCUUCUCAAGCACGGAGGAUUCAAUAUGGUGCAAUGGAUGUCAUCGUCCCGUCCCGUGUUGGCCUCUGUCAAUCAGGCUGAUCGAGCAAGAGCGCUGGAUAUCACCACCGAUCCUUUGCCCGUCGAGCGCACUCUCGGAAUUCUUUGGGAUUGCCAGCACGACGCCUUUAUGUUUAACUCCAACACCCGACUCGAUGUCAAAACGAAGAGGCAAGUCCUGCAAGAGAUUGCCUCGAUCUUCGAUCCAUUAGGAUUUCUUGUUCCAAUCGUGAUGGUGGCAAAAAUCUUGAUGCAAGAUAUCUGGCGAUCCGGAGUCGAAUGGGACGAUCAGCUCCCACAGGCCCUUCUCGAUGUUAGGAAGCGGUGGGUCGCUGACCUUCCCGCCAUCUCAACCCUGAAGAUUCCCCGAUGCUUUCGUCGAUCGACCCUGCCGUCGGAAUAUCAACUGCACGUCUUCACGGAUGCCUCAGAAUUAGGAUUUGCCGCUUGCGUAUUUCUUCGCGCGUCGUACAGCGAAUCCCAUGUUGGCCUCACUCUGAUUAUGGCAAAAUCAAGAGUCGCUCCUCUCCGCCAACUGUCAAUUCCGCGGCUGGAACUUCAAGGCGCAGUUCUCGGCGCCCAAUUAUGUGCCACCGUCAUCAAGGAUCUUGGCCCGAUCGCAUCCGCCGUUUAUUAUUGGUGCGAUUCACAGACAGUGCUACAAUGGAUACACUCGAAAACGUGUAAAUACCACGCCUUUGUCGCCCAUCGAGUGACAGACAUUCUGGAUAAAAGUGAAGCGACUCAAUGGCGUCACAUCCCCGGUGAGCUUAAUCCCGCCGACGACGGAUCCCGAGGUGUGUCCGCUGCCUUCUUCACCACUCAACAUCGCUGGUUUCGCGGCCCUGAUUUUUUAUUAAUGCCUGAAACGGCCUGGCCGCCACCGACGAACAUUGCCGAGCCGGCGAAUGACGACCCGGAAGUUUCACCCGCCAAAUGGAUUGGUUCUAUUCGAGUUCCGACGCCUCAUCCCAUUUUCGAGUUGAUUCAACGUUCUUCCGACUUCAUCAAAAUCAAAAGGAUCGUCGCCUGGCAGCUGCGCUUCCUUCGGAAUCAUUCUCUUUCGCUGAAAAAGUGUGUCAUCCCGUUAUCUCGAUGGCUCACAGCUCCGGAAUUGCGAAAACCCGUGCCAGUCACAUCCAAGCUGGCCACGUUGACCCCCUUUAUAGAUGCGUCCGGAAUCAUCCGGGUAGGUGGCCGGAUUCAACAUGCUUGUCUCCCUGAAGACACAAAACAUCCCAUCGUCUUGUCUUCCGACAGCCAGCUGGCGACGAUGAUCAUUCUCGACCUCCACCAUCGACUGACUCACGCAAAAACGGAGCGUUUGUUACAUAACCUCCGGGCGACGUAUCAUGUUCUGCAGCCGCGGGCCACCAUCAAGAGAGUGAUUCGUCCCUGCUUCGAUUGCAAGCGACGCGACAGCCAACCGGUGUGUCCACUCAUGGGUCCGUUGCCGGCCAGCAGAAUUAAAACACACCAGUGGCCGUUUUCUCACGUCGGAAUCGACUACUUCGGUCCGUUGUACGUCUCCAUGCUCCGACGGACUCUGAAGCGGUACGGAGUCAUGUUUACUUGCCUGGAUUGUCGAGCCGUCCACCUUGAACUGGCUGAUUCCAUGGACCUCGAUUCGUUCAUGAUGGCGUUUUCCCGUUUUACAGACCGCCGUGGAGUUCCUCUUGUCUGUUACAGCGAUAACGGAACCAAUCUAGUGGCUGGCGAACAAGAGAUCCGGGAUGCGAUCGCUCAAUGGAAUCCGGAAGCGUUGGCAAAAAAUAUGGCUGAUCGAAACAUCGAAUGGCGAUUUAGCCCUCCCGCUUCGCCUCAUUUCGGCGGGUCAUGGGAGCGGAUGAUCAAGUCCGCCAAGCUCGCCAUGCGAAUUGUAUUAAAGGAGCGAGUCGUCACUCAAGAGGUGCUGUCUACCGUCAUGACCGGUGUCGAAGCUUUGCUGAACGCCCGUCCAUUGACCCCGGUGAGCAGCGAUCCAACCGAAGUCGACGCUCUUACCCCUAAUCAUUUUCUUCAUGGACGGCCAAACAUUCAACUGCACUCUGACUUCGACGCUCAACCGCAGUUGCUCAGCAAGCGGCGGUGGAUGGACGCGCAGGAGAUCGUCAACCACGUCUGGAAUCGCUGGAUGCGCGAGUACCUCCCGUCUCUAAUCGAACGGACAAAAUGGCUCCGCCCACGGCGAAACCUAGCUGUCGGAGAUGUCGUCCUCAUGGAAAUGCCCAACCCGAAGAGAAGCACUUGGCCAAUCGGUCGAAUUGUUCGUGUAGAAGCUGGUGCCGAUGGAGCUGUCCGGUCCGCCGAAGUAGAAGUCACUCGCGCUGUACCUGGCAAAAAGGGCCGAAAAACUCUUUCCGACAUCAAGUCGAAAACGACCCGCUACAUCCGUUCAGCACACAAACUUUGUUUACUCGAGGCGGAUGAUCCAGAAGAUGUUUUCACCACUGAAAACAGGGCCGGCAAUGUGACGGACAGCCCGAUUCUCCCCGCCGGGUCAGAUGGGGCUUCCGCAAAAUGA